UAAAGAAGAUAAAAGAUAAAGACUCGCCAUUAUUUCCUUUUUUCUCGACGACGUGUCCGCCAUUAUGGUCUAAAAAAGUCAAGAGCUAAUCUUCGUCUCGGCAUUCAGAAAUCAAGUGGGAAAAUGUCCGCGAGACCGGAGGAACUUUGUGGAGUGAAGGAGGAGCCCCCACGUCACCAACACUCGACUGUGUGCAAACUAAUGCACGCUAAGGUUGUUCUUCACAGACUAGAAGAUCUAUACGUCAGCCAAGCCCAUUAUCCUGAGUCUGCAUGCAUCAAGGACCAGGAGGAAGAGUCGCCAUCCAUUAAGGAAGAGUUCAUACACGUUAAAGAUCUAAAUGUCACCCAAACCCAUCGUCCUGAGCACCAGAAGUCUGCAUGCAUUAAGAAAGAGGGAGAGUCACCAUACAUCAAGGAUGAGGAAGAGUCCGUACCCAUUCAAGGUUUCAGCAAAUAUUUUGGUCCUGAGUGGCAGGGGUCUGAGUCUCUUUCCAUUAAAGAGGAAUUUGAGCACCCGCAAAUGAAACGGGAAGAGCCAAAGCACCCUCAACAGCAAAAGAGAGAAGCGCAACUUCCAAUCAAAAAGGAGGAGGUAAAGCUGCCAUACAUUAAAGAGGAGGACGAUAUCACCAGGUCGACUGGUGAGCCCCUGAAGAGCGAAGAUUGUCUGAGUGAGGCCAGCAGAGGGACGGAGCCUCCAAGCAGCAGCUCAACAGAAGGCUUGAAAACUGACAUUUUCAUCGCUCCAUCAGACAGAAAUGGCGCCACAUCACACUCAACUUACAAUGAUGAUGGUCAUAAGAAAUCUCACCAUGACGACAAACACUGCAAAUGCUCUCAGUGUGGGAAAACCUUUGCUAAUAAGCAUACCUGUCUUAGGCAUAUCAGGAGCCACACUGGCGAAAAACCUUUUGUCUGCUCAGUUUGUAGUCAAGAAUUCAGUCGAAAGCAAGACAUACAAAGACACAUAAGAACUCACACUGGCGAAAAACCUUGUUCCUGCUCCGUUUGUGGUCAAGGAUUCACUCGAAAGCAACACUUGAAAAUACACACAAGAACCCACACUGGUGAAAAACCUUUUUCCUGCUCAGUUUGUGAUCAAAGAUUCAGUCACAAGAGCACCUUAAAAAAACACACAAGAACCCACACUGGUGAAAAACCUUUUUCCUGCUCAGUUUGUGGUCAAGGAUUCACUCAAAUUAACCACUUAAAAGUCCACACAAGAACCCACACUGGUGAAAAACCUUUUUCCUGCUCAGUUUGUGGAAAAGGAUUCAGUCUAAAGCAAGACUUGAAAACACACACAAGAACCCACACUGGUGAAAAACCUUUUGUCUGCUCAGUUUGUGGUCAUAAAUUCACUCGAAAGGGAACCUUAAACAGUCACACAAGAACCCACACUGGUGAAAAACCUUUUGUCUGCUCAGUUUGUGGUCAUAAAUUCACUCGGAAGGGAACCUUAAACAGUCACACAAGAACCCACACUGGUGAAAAACCUUUUGUCUGCUCAGUUUGUGGUCAUAAAUUCACUCGAAAGGGAACCUUAAACAGUCACACAAGAACCCACACUGGUGAAAAACCUUUUUCCUGCUCAGUUUGUGGUGAAGCAUUCAGUCAAAAGCAAAAAUUAAAAAUACAUUUCACAACCCACACCUGAAAAAACCCUUUUUCCUGCUCAGUUUGUGGUCAUUCGGAAAGAUCGGAUGAAGAGACGUGUGUGUGUGUUGGUGUGAGAAGCAGUGGCCAAGACUGUUUUGACUGUCAUCCAUGCUGUUGACGAUUGCAGUUUUGGGGUCUUACAUGUGCUUUGUCCAAUCCUUGUUUGAUGUAGAUCCACACUAUUGCCUAAAGUAUUGGCUUACCUGAUUUAACUCCCAAGUUAAGUGAAUUGUGGAAACUGUUUCUUAAACACAGCCUCACGAGAUGCUUUCAUUUUUGUUGAUUUUAGAGGGGGCUGUAACGUGCAACUUAAAAUACAUGGCUGCUUAUUCAACUACAUUACCGCUACAAAAUGCAACUUUUAUUCUCAUAUUUUCUCGCCAUGACAGUUCGACUUUUUUUCCCCCCAUUGUAACAGUAUGACUUUAAUGUCUUUUUUUUGUGUGGCUCUUAUACUCUGUCGUAUAAAUUGGACACUGAUAUUUUUAUUGUUUGUGCUUUUCAUCAUACCAGCCCCCGCCAAUGAAAAUCUCUCGACUCUGCUGGGAACUUUUAAGUGUUUGUACUGCACCGUCCAUGUUUAUAAUCAUAAUAAAUACCUUGUUUUUAUUCA